AUGCUGGACCCUUUGGGUGCACCUCCAGCCUGGCUCAGGGUGCUAGCUGAGCCGUACGCACUCGCCUUGAAAAGUCCGACAUUAUCAGAGCACGUUCACGAGGUCAUUGGCAGCUUCUUGUUCUACCAAUUUAUCCACUCUGUGGUCUCACCUUGGUUGUCGCCAAUCCUCUGUCCCCGCUCCUACCCGGCUCUGAGUCCUCGGACCAAGUUGAACUGGGACAUCCAUGUAGUCUCACUCGUUCAGAGCGUCGUGAUCAAUGCCGCCGCCCUCUGGGUCAUGUACUCCGACGAGGAGCGGCAAUCUAUGUCAUCGGGAGAGCGUAUCUACGGAUAUACCGGUGCAUGUGGCAUGAUUCAAGCGCUUGCUGUUGGAUACUUCAUCUACGACCUCAUUGUCAGUGUGCAGCACCUUAAAAUGUUCGGCAUUGGGAUGUUGUUUCAUGCUGUCAGCGCACUCUGGGUAUUCAGUCUCGGAUUUAGGCCCUUUUUGAAUUACUAUGCGCCUGUUUUCAUUCUUUAUGAGCUUUCCAGCCCGUUCCUCAAUAUACACUGGUUCCUUGACAAAGUCAACAUGACCGGAAGUCGGGCCCAGUGGUAUAAUGGCAUGAUGCUUCUUGGUGUGUUCUUUUGCUGCCGCUUGGUCUGGGGAACCUGGCAAUCAGUCAUUGUGUAUCAGGAUAUGUGGAACGCCCUUCAACACAAGUGGUCUGCCGCCUCAUCGUCUCCCCUUGACACACCCGUGAAUAUCGGAGCCCAUGUGUUUGCGAUUCGAGACGGUGACAUGUGCGUGGACGAGACAUGUGCUCGCGCCAAUGCCGAAAUUUCUCGCUUCAAGGAUUUCACCGCUGGUGGGGUACCGACUUGGUUGGUUCUGACAUAUGUGACCUCCAAUAUCAUCCUGAACUUCCUAAACUAUUUCUGGUUUUCAAAAAUGGUCGACACGGUUUUGAAGCGUUUUCGUGGCCCGCCUGCUGACUCUGCCGAAGCUAAGAAGAUUGAUCGAAAACCCGCGAACUUUGACAAGCUUGCCCAUGAUGCUGUUCUUGACGCCGCAUCAACACUCAAAGACAAUGAGGAUGCUGCGUUGCAGGGAGAGAAAGUUUCGUCUGCUCUCGAUGCCGAAGUGGCAGAUGAUUUGCGUCGCCGGCGCGGCGAUCUGGUCGCUGACUUGCCGGGUCCAGGAUCAUGA